AUGCCAGACAUAGAAGUGGAGUUGAAUGAAGCUGUCGUCUCGAUUAAAGACUGGCUUUACAAGCAGCCUCACUUACCACAUGAUGUCGAGGAUGUCCUCCUGCGUCGCUUCUACAUCAGCUGUCACAAAAGCUUCGAACGGGUGAAGCGAACUAUAGACCUGUUCUUCACUAUCCGUUCCACAGCACCAGAGUUGUUCCUCAAAAGAGACCCGUGGUCACCGGAAAUAAGACGAGUUUUUGAGAUAACGGACAUGUUACCGCUCCCGAACAAGACGAAAGAAAAUUACAAAGUAUUUAUCUAUCGUUUAAAUAACCCGGACUAUGAUCUAUUCAACUUUGUGGAUGCUGUUAAAACAUUUUUCAUGCUGGCUGACACCAGACUCACUGAGGAGGAAGAUAUUCCUUCAGGAGAAAUACCAAUAUUCGACUCCGCAAACAUAACCCUUAAAUUCAUAGGAAAAGUCAACUUGUCAGUACUAAGAAAAUAUAUGGUUUAUACACAGGAAUCAAUUCCAGUACGGCUAAAGCAAGUGCAUGUGAUCAAUGCACCUUCCUACAUCAGCAAGAUAUACGCAAUUUGUAAACCACUUUUGAAGGCGGAAGUUGCUAAAAUGAUAAAGUUCCACGAGCCGAACUCAGACAGUCUGUACAAGGAUGUACCGCUCGAGCUGUUGCCGACCGAGUACGGCGGUGACGCGGGCUCCAUCGACCAAAUCAAACGAUACUGGAUAAAGCGGAUUGAAGCUAAGAGAGAUUGGUUCCUAGCAAACGACAAGAAUUGGGCGGUGGAUGAAUCAUUGCGACCAGAUAAAGAGAACAAUCGUGUGAAAGACUUACCCGGAUCUUUCCGAUCUCUCUCAUUUGAC